CUUGGGCCGGUUGGCUCACACUCUGCAAAAUGGCGACGUCCCUGGGAUCUAACACGUACAAUAGACAGAACUGGGAAGACGCGGAUUUUCCAAUUCUGUGUCAGACAUGUUUAGGAGAAAAUCCUUACAUCCGUAUGACAAAGGAGAAAUAUGGGAAAGAAUGCAAGAUCUGUGCUCGACCCUUCACUGUGUUCCGAUGGUGUCCAGGGACACGAAUGCGUUUCAAGAAGACGGAAGUCUGUCAGACCUGCAGUAAAAUGAAGAAUGUUUGUCAGACAUGUCUGCUCGACCUGGAGUAUGGUUUGCCUAUCCAGGUCAGAGACACUGGGCUUGCUAUCAAAGAUGAGGUUCCUAAGUCAGAUGUGAACAAAGAGUACUACACACAGAACAUGGAGAGAGAGAUAGCCAAUUCUGAUGGCACACGGCCGGUGGGCCAGCUAGGAAAAGCCCCCAGCUCUAGUGAUAUGUUGCUGAAGCUGGCCCGUACAACGCCAUAUUACAAGAGGAACCGGCCGCACAUCUGCUCCUUCUGGGUGAAGGGAGAGUGUAAGAGAGGAGAAGAGUGUCCCUACAGGCAUGAGAAGCCCACAGAUCCUGAUGAUCCUCUAGCUGACCAGAACAUAAAGGACCGUUACUAUGGUAUCAAUGACCCAGUAGCUGACAAGCUGUUGAAGCGGGCCUCAACUAUGCCACGACUGGACCCACCAGAGGACAAGUCCAUCACCACCCUCUACAUAGGGGGUUUGGGAGAUACUGUCACAGAUGGAGAUCUCAAGAGUCACUUUUACCAGUUUGGUGAGAUUCGCACCAUUACCAUAGUCCAGAGGCAGCAGUGUGCCUUCAUCCAGUUUGCCACGCGGCAGGCAGCAGAAAUGGCUGCUGAGAAGUCCUUCAACAAACUGAUCAUUAAUGGACGCAGGCUCACUGUCAAGUGGGGAAGGUCUCAGGCAGCAAGAGGAAAGGAGGGCAUCAAAGAUGGUGUCAGUGAGAUGGGUACCAGACUUGAUCCUGUACCUGGACUGCCUGGAGCUCUUCCUCCCCCACCAGCUAUGGAUGAAGAGGCCCCUGCAAACUACUUCAACCUGGACCCCAGCACCUCGCCUGCUGUCAUGAACAUUGCUCUGCCCCCACCUCCAGGCAUUAACCCACCUCCUCCAGGUUUUGGCCCUCCAAUGUUUCACCCCAUGGGUCCCAUGGCUCCUCCUAUGCCCCCUCCAAUGAGCAUGAGACCUCCUGGUCAAAUCCACUACCCCUCCCAGGACCCUCAGCGCAUGGGUGCCCAUGCUGCACAUGGCUCACGCCAUGGUGAUUAGCUGCUAGAGUGAAAUACUGUACUGUGAUUUAGAUGUCAUUCUUUUCCUUGAGUCAAACCUGGUCAGGUGCUUUCACUUCAGAUGCUGUCAGUGGGCCUGAAACCUGCAGACUACUUACGGGAGAAAUACAUUGAAUAGAAAAGACAGUUAUGUCUUACAGUAUAACAUCUGAUUUAUUAUGCCACCUGCAGUGCAGUGAAUGAACUGAAGGAGCACCAUCUGUGUCUGGAGAGACACAACCUGCAUCUUACCAGAUGACUUUGGCACUAACCGCAGUCAAAAAGUACCAGAACAGCAUCUAAACAGCGGAACUUAACAGAGUAAAAGACACCACACAUAAGAGUACUGACCAGUGUGAUCAGGGUUGUCUUUAAAGGACUCCUGUGGUAGGAGCCAUUGUACAUAUAUAAAUGUAUACUUUAGGUAAAACAUGUCAUUGUCACAUCGUACAAAGUAUCACAUGGAGUUGAAUUCUGAGGAGCAUUUUUAAAACGUAUUAAUUUUCAGUUACAUUGACAUUUUUUUUUAUUUGACACAAUCUUAAUAUUCCACGACAUAAAGACUUGGUUAGUGUAAGACUUUCUUUGUAUGUUGUUUUCACUUGUCAUUAAAAUGACUCAUUUUUGUCAUUGAUCACCUC